AGGGGUCUUUGUUUCCUGUUCUAAUAUAUUAUUGAUCUUUCAGGCCCACAGCAGCAGAACUUUUAAAAUGCAAAUUUUUCCAGAAAGCCAAGAAUAGAGAAUACCUGAUUGAAAAGCUUCUCACUAGAACACCUAAUAUUGCACAAAGAGCAAAAAAGGUUAGACGAGUGCCAGGUUCCAGUGGUCACCUCCAUAAAACAGAAGAUGGAGACUGGGAAUGGAGUGAUGAUGAAAUGGAUGAAAAGAGUGAAGAAGGCAAAGCUGCUGUUUCUCAGGAGAAGUCACGAAGAGUUAAAGAAGAGGAAAACACAGAGUCUCAGUCUGCUAUUAGUGAUGAAUAUAGUGAAGUACCAUGUGCAGUGAAUCUUGUCUUGAGAUUAAGAGGAACAGACGUUUGGUGUUGGGGAGGAAUUAAAUCUGCAGUCCAGGUUCUCUCUUGUGAGGCUGCAUGUGUUCCAUGUCAUGCCUCUCAUCAGAGGAUCCUGGCAGGAGCUCUGUAAGGAGGCUGAAGGGAAUCCUCUGCUGUGACUGGGAGUGAUGGUAGAAAGGAGAUAUCACCACCCUUAAAAUUUCCAGUCUAACCACCUGGUUUGGGAAGGUCACUAUCUGAGGAUUUGACUAUUUAGAUUAAUAACAGAGACAUUUCACAUUAAAUUAGGAGACUUGUUAAUGGUUAAUAGUUAAGAAUUGCGAAUUAUCUGAAGCAAUCUAAGAUGGUUAAAUUAGCUCCUUUGACAGGAAGAUAAUUUACUGACUGUAAUUUAGAACGUCCAAGGACCUAAUUUAAUACAGUUCCUGCACACCAGAUGAAUUAAGUGAGAGGAAGAACAAAAGGGGCAAAUAGAAAUUCUUUUACUUGAAGCACUGGCAAAUGGGAUAGUUGAGUUAUACUAUCUCAUAUCUUACUUAAAAUAGCGUGUGGAGAAAAU